AUGGUUAACGGCAAAUGUAGAGGUAAAGACGGGGCACCGGAAGACAGAUGGAAGGUGAUUGCAGUGGGUGGCAAGAAGCCUGUCAGUGCAACGGUUGCUGCUGCCGUAGUCGUCAAAGCCAGAGACACUGCUAGGCAAUUUCGUAUCGAUCAGGAGCAGCAAGGACGGCCACAUUGUUACACUUCAUUGGUUAAGGCAAGAUUUGUGUGA